UGCCGGAGCAUCUCUAACCACCAAAGUUCAAGAAACGCCGACGACCCUAUUGCUCCUUUAUUUCCUAAGCCCGCAUUCCUGUGGUUCUGGCUUCACUCAUCCCCGGCUCUCUGAGAAAUGUCGUCCGAGGACACCAGCCAUUUAGUUAGAAUCACUGUUCUUGCUGCAAGUUCCCUUGUCAAGAGAGAAGUGUUCAGCCAGCCCGAUCCUUUCGCAGUCGUGUCUGUUGACGUCAAUCAGACGUACACCACUAACACGAUCAAACGUACGCUUAUUCCUACGUGGAAUCAGCAUUUUGAUAUUACCAUCAAACGGAGCUCCACUAUCACCAUCCAAGUCUUCGACCAACGCAGGUUCAAGAAGAGGGACCAAGGUUUUCUGGGACUAGUCCGGAUUUCUGGAGACGAGGCCUUGGAAUACUCCAGAAACACUCACGGUUUGAUUAGCAAAGAUUUGGCGGAAAUAGAGUCUUCUUCUAGUGGUCCGCCGGUCUCUGGCAAGCUGCUCUUCUCUUUCUCACUCCCACGCACCGCUGGGGCACAACAACAUAACAUAGAUCAAACAAUCAGUUCUAUUUCAUCGUUACGUUUGUCCGAAUCUUCGUCUUCGAAUCUCCGCUCGCACAGAAGCUCGCCAUCCCUUCGAGUGGAAUCAUCACAGCCAAACCCCGCAACAUCUAUGUUAGGCACACUUCAGGGUCGUAGCUCAUCGUUUUCCCCUCGGCCACAGUCUAGUAAUUCCCCUCUGUCUCCACUGUCAUCCACAUCGCGCCUUGGCUCCCGGCAGCCAUCGAAUAUCAAUGACGUCCCACACUUGCAGGCAGUCUACGAAGACGAGUACGGCCAGCUUCCACCUGGCUGGGAACGGCGCAUUGAUCUAAGCGGCAGGCCGUACUAUGUAGAUCAUAACAGGCGUACCACUUCAUGGAACCGUCCAGAUCCACCGCAGCUACGGCAGCCUGCUGCAACUUCACUCCCUGCACCUCACCAGCCACAGACCUCGAGCAAUUAUGCAGAUGUUCCUCUACCAGCAGGCUGGGAGGAGCGUCGCACCCCAGAAGGCCGACCGUACUUUGUAAAUCAUAAUGCCAGAUCGACGACGUGGAGCGACCCUCGAAGGGCUGCUACAACUACGGCUGCGACCUUACCGGAAGACAGGAAUGCAAAGCUUGGGCCACUGCCCUCAGGUUGGGAAAUGCGCCUUACCUCGACAAAUCGUGUUUACUUUGUGGACCACAACACUCGCACAACAACAUGGGAUGAUCCUCGUGUGCCCACGGAUCUUGACUCUAAUGCUCCUCAGUACAAGCGUGAUUACCGACGAAAAUUGAUCUACUUCCGUAGUCAGCCCUCGAUGCAGGUAAUGGACGGUAAAUGCGAAAUUAACGUCCGACGGAACAUGAUGUUGGAAGACAGCUACGCUUCCAUCAUGAGGUGUCGGCCUGAUGAUUUAAGAAAGAGGUUGGUCAUCAGGUUCGAAGGUGAGGACGGAUUGGAUUAUGGAGGCGUGUCCAGGGAAUGGUUCUUUUUAAUUUCCCAUGAAAUCUUUGAUCCUUCGUACGGUCUCUUCCAGUAUUCGACACACGACAAUUACACAUUACAGAUCAAUUGGCUGUCUGGGAUCAAUCCAGACCACUUGAGCUACUUCACGUUCGUUGGCAGGAUUAUGGGGCUUACCAUAUUCCAUCGCCGUUUCCUGGAUGCCUAUUUCGUGCCAAGCUUCUACAAGGUGAUCUUGGGCAAGAAGCCGUCACUUUCGGACCUUGAGGGAAUUGAUGCAGAACUACACCGAAGCAUGGUUUGGAUCCUGAACAACGACAUUACUGACGUUCUCGAGAUGACGUUCACGGCGACAGAAGAUCGCUUUGGCGAGAUUCGAGAGGUUGAAUUGAGGGCGAGAGGUGCUGACAUCCACGUCACGGAAGCUAACAAGAAGGAAUAUGUCGAUGCCGUGGUGGAGUAUCGCACAAGAACUCGGGUAAAAGCGCAGUUCGACGCAUUCAUGUCUGGAUUCAAGGAGUUGAUACCUGUGGACAUGAUUGAUGUCUUCGAUGAACGAGAACUGGAGUUCUUAAUUGGUGGAGUACCGGAGAUUGACACUGACGACUGGAUUUCGUAUACGGACUACCGUGGCUACGAGAAGACGGACAAAGUCAUUGGGUGGUUCUGGCAGGUAGUCCGUAGCUGGCCUGCCGAACGCAAAUCGCGCUUGCUGCAGUUCGUAACAGGAACUUCGAGAGUGCCUGUAAACGGAUUCAAGGAUUUGCAAGGUUCAGACGGUCCACGAAGAUUCACGAUCGACAAGUCUGGUGAUCCGUCUCAAUUGCCUCGUAGUCACACAUGCUUCAACAGAAUCGAGCUCCCCCCUUACGAAGAUUACGAAAGUCUGGAAAAGAAGCUCUUGUUUGCGAUAGAGGAAACUGAGGGCUUCGGAGUAGAAUGAUCCACCACCGCUAUCCACUUUUUUUCUGUCACCUUCGAGGAAUGCCACUGCCUUGUACUAUGCUCCUUUCUUCACGGAUGUAUCUAUAUCAUCUAUGCUCUCGUGCCAUAUACGUGACCUGCCUUUUGACGAUGGACCGUGCGGUUCAUUGACACACCAUGUCGUUCCAUCUAGGGUCAUUUGAUGCGCUCGUUUCGGAGACUAAUCUUAAUUUGAAGGUUGUUUCAGAAAAUCUACAAGUGGUGGAGUGGUGGAGCCUACCGCCUGUAGCAAGUGGUAUAGCG